GAUGAAAACUUAGUGCACUUCAUUGAACUUCAGUUUAAAGGUACAUAUUUAGCCUCACUGGUUUUGAGAUACCGUCCAAUGAUGUCAUGGAGAGAUGUUUAUUUUCCUGGCACAGUGACCUUUAAACUAGUGCCAAUUCUCUUCCAUUUCCUUUACUUCUCCUGUUUAAAUGUUGCACUGGACCUUACAUAACACUUUUCUUGUUUACCAGCUAAGAAACAGCUUUGCUUGUGAUGAAAUAUUUAUCUGACGAGACAUUUUUUCUUUGGCCAAACUCUGUCUCUGUGCUUUUCCCUUAUGCUGUCUCACCCCACCCAGUUUGUCAGCAGGCAUUGUUAGCCUGUGAGGCAAUCCUUGCUUUCGGCAGGCUUAUGCUGACCAACCAAUAAGGGAAGAGUCCACGGGAAGAGGACUUGGUGUGUGUUCAGUGUCGGCCAAUGGAAUAGCCUGUGUGGGUUGCGGCUUAGAAUCCAGCCUCACGUCAGAGCUGCGCUUCAGUCAGUAUGAGGUGCCUGGAGAAAGCCUGUGUGCACUCAGGCGUGGGUUGGAGAGACUGAGAAAGGGAGGGAGAGAGAGACAUGGAAUGAAGAAGAGAAGCAGAGGGAGGGUAAAGAGUUUUGAGCUUAGGGGGCGUAGGCAGGGACAGUGACACAGGAUCUCAUUUUGUUGUUCUGUUACUGAGCCCAGCAGGAAUACAGGAAACAGGAAUGAAGCCUGCCUGAGAUUUCUUCAACUCUUCUUUCAUGGUGUGAUUUUGUGCUUGUUGAAGGAUAAACUGAAGCCAGAGAGAUGUGUGACUGAAGGAAGGUUAAGGUGUGUCCUGGCCCCCAGCUGUGUCUGUGAAUGUCUGUCACCAUGGCUAAGCGAGAGACUGGCAGCCCAAGUCCAGUGGUGCGGCAAAUAGACAAGCAGUUCCUGGUCUGCAGCAUCUGCCUCGAUCACUUCCACAACCCCAAAGUGCUGCCCUGCUUACACACCUUCUGUGAACGGUGCUUACAGAACUAUAUACCACCCCAGUCGCUGACUCUUUCGUGCCCAGUGUGCCGACAGACCUCCAUCCUGCCUGAAAAAGGCGUAGCAGCUCUGCAAAACAAUUUCUUUAUCACCAAUCUGAUGGAGGUGUUGCAGAGGGAUCCGGAAUGUUCCCGUCCAGAGGCCUGCAACAUGCUUGAGUCUGUGAGCGCAGCGGUUGCUGGAAAGCCUCUUUCCUGCCCAAAUCAUGAGGGCAAGGUGAUGGAGUUUUACUGCGAAUCGUGUGAAACAGCCAUGUGUUUAGACUGCACAGAGGGGGAACACAGAGAGCAUAUCACUGUUCCACUAAGAGACGUUCUGGAACAGCAUAAAGCAGCACUGAAGAAUCAGCUGGAUGCCAUUCGUAACAGGUUGCCCCAGCUUACAGUUGCAAUAGAAUUGGUGAAUGAAAUUUCCAGGCAGCUGAUGGAGCGAAAGACUGAAGCAGUGAAUGAUAUAAGCUGUACGUUUGAGGAGCUAGAGCGGGUUCUGCACCAACGUAAGACUGCGCUCAUCACCGACUUAGAGAACAUCUGCAGUUCCAAGCAGAAGGUGCUGCAGUCCCAGCUGUCAUCCCUACAGCAGGCAAAAGAACAUAUCGAGAGCAGCUGCAGCUUCACAGAACAGGCACUGAGCCAUGGUGGUGCUGCUGAGGUGCUGCUUGUACAGAAGCAGAUGGGGGAGCGUGCAGGUGCUCUUGCAUGCCACACCUUUCCAGAACGACCACAUGAAAACGGACACCUGCAGUGCUGCCUGGAGACAGAGGGCCUGCGGCGCUCCAUCCAGAACCUGGGUGUCCUGAUCACUACAAGUGCUGUUGGACACACUAGCGUGGCCACCGGAGAGGGGCUGAGACAUGCUGUCAUCGGCCAGCACAGCACUGUUACUGUCACCACCAAGGACAAGGACGGAGAACUUGUGCGAAGCGGAAACGCGCUUCUCAAAGCAGAUCUCACAGGGCCAGAAGGAAGCAAAGCAGUCGAGGUGGAGGUGGUGGACAAUAAAAACGGCACAUAUGAAGUGGGAUACACACUGAGGAGUGAGGGAGAGUAUUCUUUCUCACUGAUGCUAUACGGCCAGCCUGUAAGAGGGAGUCCAUUCAGGUUGCGUGCUGUGAAGCCCAGCGAUGUACCUCAGUCUCCUGAAGACGUGAAGAGGAGGGUGAAGUCACCCAGUGGAAGCGGAGGACACAUCAGGCAGAAAGCUGUGAGAAGACCCUCCAGUAUGUACAGCACUACUAAGAAGAAGGAAAAUCCUAUCGAGGAUGAGCUUAUCUACAGAGUAGGCACAAGAGGCAGGGAGAAGGGCGAGUUCACUAAUCUUCAAGGCAUCUCCACCUGCACUGGCAGAGUUGUAGUGGCAGACAGCAACAACCAGUGCAUACAGGUGUUUACUAAUGAUGGACAGUUUAAGAUGAGGUUCGGAGUGCGGGGCCGCUCACCAGGGCAGCUGCAGCGACCCACAGGAGUAACAGUAGACAUGAACGGAGACAUCAUAGUAGCUGAUUAUGAUAACCGAUGGAUAAGCAUCUUCUCCUCAGAAGGCAAGUUUAAGAAUAAAAUUGGCGCUGGGAGGCUGAUGGGGCCGAAGGGUGUCGCAGUGGAUCGAAACGGUCACAUUAUCGCUGUAGACAACAAGGCGUGCUGUGUCUUCAUUUUCCAGUCCAACGGGAAAUUGGUCACCAGGUUUGGGGCAAGGGGUUCAUUGGACAGACAGUUUGCAGAAAAAAGUGGUUCAAACUUUGCAAUGGAGCAAAAGCUUAGUAAAUCUGGCCCUGGGUUCAGUCCACACUUUGUGGCUGUCAACAACAAGAAUGAAAUAAUAGUAACAGACUUUCAUAACCACUCGGUCAAGGUGUUCAGUGCAGAUGGCGAGUUCCUGUUUAAAUUUGGCUCACACGGUGAAGGAAAUGGGCAGUUUAAUGCCCCGACAGGAGUGGCUGUUGAUGCAAAUGGGAACAUCAUCGUAGCAGACUGGGGUAACAGCAGGAUACAGGUGUUUGACAGCUCAGGCUCUUUCCUGUCCUACAUCAACACGAGUGCAGACCCACUGUAUGGGCCGCAGGGUUUGGCGCUCACGUCUGAAGGUCAUGUGGUCGUUGCAGAUUCGGGGAACCACUGCUUUAAAGUGUAUCGCUACCUGCAGUAGUGCUGCAGCUCUCUCUCCUUAAUGAUUUGCACAUUCAGCUGAAAUUAAAUCUCUUAACCAAACUCUAGAGAACAAGUGGAAAGCACGAAAGCAGUUCUUCUGUCACAGUGCAGAAUAUCUUUUUAAAUUUUAAAUAAUGAUGAACCAGACCUUAUGAUUGUUAAGAGGGAAUGGGAGAGUGACUCUAAUAAGCACAAAUUUGUACAGUUCACCUUUAGGUUGAUAAGAAAUUGUUGUACAGCACUUACUUUGAAGCAUGCAUUCAUUAAGUGUUAUCAUUUCUGCAACCUGCUAACUACAGACAUUUCUACUUCUAUAUAAUUAAUUCCAUGAUAACAUGUAAGCAUUAAACUCCAACCUAGUCACAGAUCAUUUACAGAAGCACAUGUACAGACCUGCAGCUACAUUUCUGGAAAUUAAAUUCAUUAAUUAUAAUCUUUUUUAAAUGUAACAAUUAUAAUUGGAAUUGAUGGGAAUACUGAAAUUACAUGUCAUUAGGGAAUUCAUUAUAUUGAUGCAUUAUCAGUUAUAUAAUUAACACUAUCAAAUGAUAACUAAUUAUCUCUUAUUAUUAUUAUACUUGCAUUUUUAAAUCCAGUGUCUUAAACCUAAUUUGUUUUUUUCUUACCAGAAAUGUUUUUUCCCCCAAAAACCGACAGUUUCAAAUUUCUCUCUGUCUCUCUUUCUCUUUCUCUCUCACCGGUUGUGGAUUUUGAUGCCUUUGUUUUUGUAUCUAUGUGAUAAACGUAAGGUGUCUGUAAAUAUGCAUAUAUAUAUAUAUAUAUAUAUAUAUAUAUAUAUAUAUAUAUAUAUAUAUAUAUAUAUAUAUAAUAUGAAUAUAUCUGUAAUCUGUAAAUGUACCACACUUUGGUUUCACCUCAGCAUCCUGAGUAAUGUCACUGAUAUGUUGAUACGUGUUCUGCUUCAGCCGUACUUGCGAAGUGCUCACACGAGUGACUGCUGUGUUUUACAGCAACAAGCAGAAGCCAAAAAGGACCCAAUUUAUUUUUCUAUUCCAUUUCGUCAUGCUACGUGAUGUUUCAGUUCCUAUAAAAAAAAAAAAAACCCUGGGUGAUGAAGGGAAAAAAAAAAAAAAAACUGGGUUCAGAUAUGUUUUGUUUUGUUUAUCACAUUGCAGUGUGUUUGCACAUCUCGAAUUGCAUAUGCAAAAUAUCUUUGUAAAUAAUCAUUUUCUUUUUUUCAAUAUAUAUAUCAUUGUGUUUACUGUGGCAGUGGGAAGGCCAUAUUUUUUAAGCAGUAUUUAGUUGUUUUAAUUUAUUUGAUGUUUUGUAUAGAUUUUGUUGUUUCAAGUGUUUUUGGAGGAGCUCCACAAAAUUCUCACCAGCCAAAGCUUUCAAUAAUAUUUAGUUUAGAUUUUUUGUGGGUUUUCUUUAAUUUGAUAGCCUCAUCCAUUUGUCUUGAGGUACAAGGUGCUGUUUAGGCCAUAAUAGAAGUUUGUUCUUUCACCAUUUACACUCACUACAGUCAUAUUGAGUUUGUGCAAGUUGAAUGUAGUGUCACAGAAAAAUCAUUUUUUGUAGCUGUUGAUUAAUGACUCCGAAGAGAUCUGUUCCUGGACUGCAGUUAAAUGCCGGGAAAGUCGUGCUUGUUGAGGCUGUUCCCGCAAUGUGGACUUUUUCUUCAAAUCAGUUUUGUUACAUCUAAUAACUGUAAAUGACUGUGUGAGUAUUUCUGUUAUAUCAGACAUCUCAGAGCAGUGGUUCAGUAGUAAGAAUGCCACAUUUGUGCUUUCCAUCUUUAUCAGGCUUCAAGUAAUUACAUUCCUUCUGUCUGUGAUGAGUUGUUUGAUUCCUUACAUUAAUUCAUUAAAACUUUGGGGAUUAUAAAAUGCAGUUUGACCCAGCACACAAAGGGAUGUUAAACAUGCUGCGGAGACUGUAGCUAAAUUUUACAUUUCAUUUCCUGAUGUACCGCACGUGUUAAAUCAACUCGAUAUUCUUAAUCGUUUCUCAACGCUGAAGCAGUGCAUUUUGGAAAUGGCUUCUAUGCAUUGCAGCAGCCUGGAAGUAGUCGGUAGUUUAGUUCGAAUUCUCUGCAUACAAGUUCUAGCAUUUGCGAUAGAGCAGCUAGUUUUUUGAGAAACACGGUCAAUCCAUAGUUUUUGUCUUCCUUAAAUCUGUGUUAGAGAAAAGAGAGCAAAAUAGCUGAACCUUAUCUCUGAGAUGCCCAGCACAUACACAAACACACACACGGAUAAUAAUCAUCACUAACUCCUUCCAGAACAUAAAUCAGAAUCCAUCAUUAACUGAAAAUCCUUCAGUAAUAAAAAAAAGACAUGUACAGCGCAUGAAAUCUUCAGUGUCUACACUGAGCAAUUCGAACUGUGUGUAAUUAAAAUUGUAAAUAUAAAGAUAUUUAAACAGC